GUCGGGGACAGUGUUUGGGGCAUUGCCAGGACAGUCUCCUGUGGAGUGGAAGCUGUCAGUCAUCUUCGAAAUAUCGUUCGCUGCGAGGUCGCUAUAUUCUACUUCCGCCUUCCAUACUUCCGCGGCAGUUUCAAAGUUUUUUAUGGUCGUAGGUAUCUCCCAUCUGGUAAAACGAGCGAUCUGCUUACGCGGGUUUUUGAAUGGGGGAAAACGCGAUGUAUCCAUCGUUUUGUUUUGGCCCUUGAACUUGCAGCGUUUCAAUGACAAAAUCGGAGUGAUUGCGCGUGCACAUUAGAGACCGAAGCUGCGAAAAACAGAAGCGCCCGCUUAAUUACGCUAACGCUUGGGCUGUAAUGACGUACGCUGUUAGCAGAAUUCGAGCCAACCCUUUCAUUGGCUUGUCCUUACACAGCGACGUCACGUGACGCGCUGCACGUGAUGCGAUCCACCAAUGAGCCCGCGGCAACAGUCGGAACGCGCGGCGAAGAGGGGGUGAAAGCGGCGGUGUUGACGCCAUGGACUUUACGUGAAAAUGGCUGCCGACGUCACUUUCAGCAUCGGCGAGGAGUUCGCAUCUUUUACGGAGCUCCAUCGACGCAUCCAGCUUUUCCAGCAGAAGAAUUCCGUCCAACUGUACAUCCGGAGCUCGCGGAAGAUACAAGCUGCUCAGGUGCGAUCGACCGACGGCUACAACCCGGAACUGAAGUUUGCAGAAAUUUACUAUGCCUGUGUUCGGGGUGGGCGCAAAUUCCAGUCGAGAGGAAAUCCUUCGGCGUCGGUGGCCAGACACUACGGAAGAGCCGAAGUGUCCAGUUCGAGGCAGAUCAACUGCCCUUUCCACAUAAAGAUCCGGUGCACGAGAGAUGGGCAGAAACUUUAUAUCAAGGACUUCAACUCCGUGCAUAACCAUGGGACGACAGAGCAAGACGCUGUCGUAUGCCGCAGUCGCACGCGUCAGUACUGGCCCACGGAAAAACCUUCGAGCCCCCCUCCCUGUCAGCCGUCGCCCCUGGCGCCCAAGACCAAGACUCUCGUCACGGCUCUCGUUCCCAACAAGGACGGGACGGGACGCCAGCUCUCCUUACCCAUCCUCUCCGAACACCUUCUACCGAAGGACCCAGUACUGUUCCAGCUGCUCAGUUCUCCUCAAACUCCGCUCUCUUUCCAAAACCUCUUCCUAGUGCCAAAGAACUCAAACGUAGUGACACCAUCCACCGUCGUCGUACAGAGCUCCACGCCUCCGGACCUGAAGGACGACCAGUCCGACAGCAUUCCCGACGUCAGCGACUCCCUCCUGGAGCCCGAGUGCAUCUUGCAGUGCGACGAAGACAAAUGUGUCGUCCCUUGCGACGAGUCCAAGGGCGACGGGAAAAACGGGGUCAUCAUCGAAAGCAUCAACUCUGUGCUCAACGGGAAGGAAAGUCCGUCGAGGAGGGGGCUCAAAGGGACGGCGGCAGGCGCGGAUCGGUUUUUAGUGACCCAGGCCGACCUGCAGGAACUGAUGAGGUUCUGCAGUCGAUGCGGCAGCAAAGCGGACAUCCGAAGCGAUCGGGACGCCAGGACGGGGACGCUGACGAUCAAGUACGAGUGCGCGGAGGGACACCAGGUGGAGCGCAAGUUUGAGAAAGCUCAACAUGCUGCGACGACUUGAGGAAGACGAUCUCGGGGACACUGUGUGCAGAGACGAUACUCCCCGCCUUUUUGCGGGACUUUGUUUAGCGCGGAUCCGUUGUAGCGCAUAAUUUUUGUCACGACGAUCCCGAACUCCUCGCGCCGACGUUGGGACGUUUUACGACGUGGCUGGGGGGUAAACGUCCGAGGUGUUCAUUUUUAUGUCGAACCGCGCUGCAACCUGGUGGCGUUUUAAGGCGGCGCAAGACUCGAGAAUGGGGACAGCGUGAUUUCUCGGUUCUCAUAGAACACGAUGAUCUUGGCACGACUCGCCGAGUCUACAGGUUUUCCCGCCGAUUUUAAUCCAAGCGCCAUCGAAAUUAAUCUAUGUGCCAGGCAAACUUUAUGGGGCAUGGAUUAGUUUAGCUGGCACACGGAUUAAAAUCGCCGGGAAAGCCCGUAGACGACACUCGAGUUUAGACACCCAACGGCAGGUCCUUUCUAAGUCAUUGUCGCUCGAACGUGACCAAUCCUAGUGAACUAUCGUCAUUUACAGUACUACCCUGUCACUGUAUAGCUCGUGUUCUAGUCACUGGAUGACUGCGUCGUCGUCAUCACUGACGUGCUGUUUACCGAUUUUGUUCCUGCGGCAUUUUAGUUCUACAGGUAACCGUUCAUUGAAGUGCAGCUGUAGUAGUUAUCGUGAAGUCAUGCAGAGUUUUUAUGGGAGAGUUACAGAAAGUCGUAUGCAAGGAAAUUUUUAUCUCAGUUUUUUUUUUUUUUUCAUGUAGUAGUCGAUCAGUUAAUUGUUACCGCCAUCAAUUAGUAGAUUAAUGAAUUCACAGUUCAGGCAUAGAGACCUAAUAAUGGAUUCUGCAACUCUCAUAAGGAUGCAAAAAACCUUCAGGAUUAUAAUUUUCCUGGAUAUGUGUCCCCUGGAGUUAUCUCAGUGCGAGACUUACUAAUGUCUACUGGAGUCCCUAAAUCUAAGUCUAAUCCGUUCGUCAGUAGUCAUGUGGACUGACGUAGAGGCAGACCAGAAGAUUAGUUAUAUUUGUUUUGUGAAAUUUAUUUUCAGAUUCUGUAUUCCUGUAUGAUAGAUUUGAAAAGUGAAAUCACGUAGUGGUCGCUCAUGUAAAAGAUAACGCUAUCUAAACCUAUCCUACGCCGAUACGUGAUAGCGUUUUUGACAGUCAACACAUUCAGAAGCGUUAGGGUUUGAAUCUCUCAUCUUGUAAUUAUUUAUACGGUUAAUUUUACUUCAAAGUAUUAGCGUUGUGUUCUGUCUGUGUGGUCCUAUACACCUGUUUUCUAUUUAUAAUCUGCUGUUGUGUGAUAUGUGUUUGGUUGCAAUAUUCCUUUAAAAACAACAAAACCGCCUUCGUACUUCCUAUGACUUAUACUUGAUCUUACAACAUCUGCUAUGUGGGAUGGACCUGAUCUUCUUUUCCCCAUAAUCUUUCAGAAGUGUGAAAAUGUUUUUUUUAAAUAAGACAACCCUACAUAAUCACCCGACUGUUUUAUCGUUUUCAAAGGAAUAAUAUCAACCAGCCCAAUUUUUAACCUAGUUUGGUGGCAAUAUUUUAAUGACCUGAGGUAUACUCCCAUUCUACAAUUCAGAAGCUACGGAGUUUUAUGAGAGCCAGUUACAGAUUACGUGAAAUCUCCUCAGCCAGCACGUGUGCAUUUUGGACAUGUGUCCUCUAGUCCAGACAACAAGGACAGUGUGUUCCAAGUUUUCACAUUUUCUAUCGGUCUAAAUCACGCAGAUCUUAUUUCGUCAACUAAUGGAAAGUACUCAAUUUUUCGCAGGCAAUCGGAUGUGGCUUGCGGAUGUCACAGUACAAGCAGCUUGAGUAUGUGUCAGUACGAGAUAUCAGUUUAUAAACUUUUUUUUACUGUUCCAUAGUCAUUAAGGUCUCAAAAUGUGCCAAGUAGUCUUGUGAUAUGUAACUAUAUAUUGGUUUAUCAGAGCGUAAUAGUAUUCAAAUCGUUAAAUACCAGCAUGCAACAAGAAAGAACUACAGGUUUUCCCGGCGAUUUUAAUCCAAGCGCCAUCAAAAUUAAUCCACGUACCAUGCAAACUUUAUGGGGCAUGGAUUAAUUUAGCUGGCACUUGGACUAAAAUCGCCGGUAAAACCUGUAGUAGAGCUUGGGAGUAGUACAUGCUCGAAAGAACUGGGGACAAAUGGUUUGGGAUAACUAUUUGCAACGGGCAUAAUGGUUGGAUUAAUUAUUGGAUUGACCCAAGCUAAGGAAACGCUGUCAUGUACUUUCUUAUGAUGCUUCCAGUCAAAAUAUUUUAUUUACACCCGCAGCCAGUUAUUUAUAAUUGAAUUUUAUGGCCAGCGUUUUUGCUGCUGUAACAUGACCGCCAGUAACGUCCUGUAACUGUCCUGCCAAGCAUGCAUUGUGUCAGCGUGAAACUGAAACCAGAUGUUUGUUUUUCUUGUUCAUCAAAAAGGCUAGGAAGUUCUGCUGGAUGAAAAUUUGGCACAUCGCCAACAGUUCCACUUUGAAAAUUAGUGGACAGCUCUAGACCAAUGUCUCAGUUGUCUCUUGAUGUAAACUCCCAAUUAUUACUAUUAUUAUUAUUAUCUAGACCAAUGCGCUCCUCUGUUCUGGCUCUGCAUGUUGGGACAACCAACUGCAACAGGUACCAGUAAAUUAUGUGUGUGCAUUGACAUCCUGUGAUAAUAUUCCAGCCUGGGAAAUUGCCAUGUGCAUCACCUGAGUCAUUUAUUUAUUGAAUUUUUUUUGUGCGUGUGAAUGUAUUCAAAUAAAACCUUAGUUUGUUCUAUGUUUA